AUGCAGCGCCGAGCCCAAGACCAACGAGCUCAGCCGAGCUCCAACGGGCCCGGAGCUACACGCGCAGGCGGAACCGAUGAAUUACCAGGAGCAGGAGAGCCCGCAGGAGUAAGCGCCGAGUACACGAGCUACCCCGCCCAGCUCGCCUGCGAGGGCGGCAGCAGCUGCGUGGAAGAGGGCGUGGGGCGGGGCCACUGUUCACCUCCGGGGGCCCGGGACAGGGACCAGAAUCCCGGGGAGCGCAGAGAUCAUGCCGAACCUGGAGCCGGAGCGCCCCCUAGCGGCGGCGCGCCCGAGGCGUGCCCAUUGUUUCAGAGUGGCGGAUUCUUGCCCCGGCUCUGCUGGCACCCCGCGCCCCGCGCCCAGCGCAUCCCUGGGCAGUGGCCGGGCUCGGCGGUCCAAGGAGGAGCUCCCCAGACCCUCUCGCGAUCCGGGCCUCCUCCUCCCCGCAAUCCCGGCGGCUGGGGCGGGGUCACCAGGAAGGAGGCGGGGGCGGGGUGCGAGCUAUAUAAAGCCACUGCCCGUGCCGCCGCACCGUCGGAGCAGGAGCGCAGCGCGCCCAGGAUUCCCGAAGCGCGCGGUUGCUUCGAAUCUCCCUGCAGUUCCACUCCGCACGCCCAGUCCAGCCCGCAGCGCCUCCAGCCACCCGGAGCCGAGGGAGGUGCCAUGUGGAGCGCUCUAAGCAGGCACACCCUGCUCGGCGCCCUGGCCCUGACCGGCCUCUGGCUGGCUGCAGCCGGGCGCCCGCUGACUUUCUCGGAUGCUGGACCGCACGUGCACUACGGCUGGGGUCAGCCAGUCCGCCUGCGGCACCUGUACACUGCCAGCCCACACGGCCUCUUCAGCUGCUUCCUACGCAUCCGCGCCGACGGCACCGUGGACGGCGCGCGGGGCCAGAGCGCGCACAGUUUGCUUGAGAUCAAGGCGGUGGCACUGAGGACCGUGGCCCUCAAAGGAGUGCAGAGCGCGCGCUACCUCUGCAUGAGCGCCGACGGCCAGCUGCAGGGACUGCCCCAGUACUCGGCAGAAGACUGUGCCUUUGAGGAGGAGAUCCGGCCUGAUGGCUACAACGUAUACCUGUCUAAGAAGCAUGGGUUACCUGUGUCCCUGAGCAGUGCUCGGCAGAGGCAGCUGUAUAGAGGUAGGGGCUUCCUGCCCCUGUCCCAUUUCCUACCCAUGCUGCCUGAGGAGCCUGUGGAACCUGAGGAUGACUUGGAAUCUGUCUUCUCUUUGCCUCUGGAAACCGACAGCAUGGAUCCCUUUGGAAUUGCCUCCCCCCUGGGGCUGGUCAAGAGUCCCAGCUUUCAGGAAUGA